UUGAAUAAAAAUAAAAAGUUGAAAAACAACUUUCAUGUUAAUAAAAAUUAAUAAUUAAAAUUUCUAAAUUUUUCAACAGUUGGUUAAAAAGCAUGUCAUGAAUAUAUUCGUAUUAUUUAAUUAUAAUUUUUGUUAUUUUAUUAAAACGUUUAGUAUUUCGUUAAGGGAACAUCCUUAUGGGAUGUGACAGGUAGAAUUGCAUGAGGAUCGCAAAGUGAUGUUAAAAUAUGGGCAAAUAGGUCGAAAUUUGACCAUAAUCUGUGCCAUUUUUAUAUAUACUGGUGGCAGUAUCUUUCACACGAUCUUACAAUAUAAGAUCGGUACAUUUAUUGAUGAACAUAAUCGCACGAUCAAACCGGUAGUCUAUCCUAUAUACAACACUCUAUUCGACGUUCAAAAAAGCCCCAUUUACGAAUUAGUGUAUCUUCUUCAUUCCAUUUGUGGAUACGUAAUGUAUUCAGUAACUGCCGGUUCUUGUGGAUUAACCGCACUUUUCGCAACACAUGCUUGUGGACAAAUUGAUAUCGUUAUAGCUCGAUUAAAUGAUCUUAUACAUGGAAAAUAUACUAAAAAUACGUUUAAUUUGAACACACGAUUGGUAAAAAUUGUUAAACAUCAUUUGCGAAUAUUAAGAUUUUCAGAGUCUAUAGAAAUGGCACUGCAAGAAUUAUAUUUUCUGGAAUGUAUUGGUUCCACUUUUUUGAUAUGUUUACUUGAAUAUUAUUGUAUAAUAGAUUGGGAAUUAAGUAAUACUAUUAGUCUUACAACGUAUACAAUGUUAUUAAUAUCUUUAACAUUUAACAUUUUCAUAUUAUGUUACAUUGGUGAACGCCUAAUGGAAAAGGUAUAUUAUAUUUUUACUAACAUAUUUAGAAAAUAUAAUAUAAAAUACAAUAGAAAAUACAAUAAAUUAAAAAAUAGAUAAUGAUAAUUUAUCGAAAUAUAACUGGCAAUUUAAAACUCAUAUGUAGAUAAGACUGUAAAUAAUAAUUAUUAUCUCAUUUUUAUAAAAAAAAUUAUAUGAAAAUUUUUCUCAAUUUUUUAUUAUCAAUAGUUAGAAGAUAAAAAAAUUCAAUUUUUUAAUUUUUCAUUUAAUUUUUAUU